UGUAGUAACAGUUGUUUUGAGUAUAAUAUAUAUCACCACCCACGUUAUUAUUGAUUAUGAGUUUAGAGAAAUGGAGCCUCUAUAUAGGCUCUAUAUACUAUAGAUCCGUGAUAGUGGUUGAGUGAUAAUGACAUAUAUGCGGUCACUCGCACGUUAACCUGUACAGAGCAGCAGCUGGGAGAGAUACUGAUGAAAGAUGGCGCAUGUUGGACAUCGGGGAAGCCAAUUCCAUGUCGUCGUUAGUCACUCGGAUAAGUUGCAGCAGGUCAGGAUGAACUGUAGAGGGUGUAGUGGCUGCAUUCUAACAAUUCUUGUUACUGUCAUUGGCACAGCAAUGUCAGAACUUGUGUUUUUAGAAGAACCACAGUCAGGAGCUGUGAGUCUUGGUAAUUCACACACUUUGGACUGCGUUAGCAUAGACAGGCUAACAAACCAGCAUGCUACGGUAGAAUGGCUUCAUAACAGACAGCUUCUAUUGCCCAGCAUCAACCACAGGCUUUUUCUAUUUCCAAAUGGAUCACUUAAUAUCAUAAACAUCUUGGAAUCCGACCUUGGUGGUUAUACAUGCAUCGCCUCUCAUUCCAAUGACACCAUCAGUAGUCAAACUGCCAUCUUGCAACAAACCUUUACAGAACCAUUUAUGAUAUCACCCGUGUCUCAGGACGUACUAGAGGGAGCAUCAAUUUCACUGUUCUGUGUCACAGGGAAAAGUGACCCUUUACCAGAGGUUUACUGGACCAUGAAUGGCCGGCACCUGUCGUCUAAUGUACAGCAGCAGCAGGUUGCGGUGUUUGGUGAUCGCAGCAGCUCCCAGCGCAGCAUGGUCCUGGAGUUCAACAGCGUGAUGCCUAGCCAUGCAGGUAGCUACCGAUGCGCAGCGAAGAAUCCACUCACACGCGCCACUGUUUUCAGUGGCAGUGCCCGGCUGAACAUCACAGUUGGUAAUAAAGAACCAUAUGUCAUACAACACCCAAAGAAUAUUGUGAUACACGGUCCUAUUGGUUCACCAUUUGCAAUUAACUGUGUCAUGGGAGGCCGCCCAAAACCAGAGAUUUCAUGGCUGAAGAAUGGGAAGGUUUUGGAGGACAAUACACAUAUUUGGAAGUUAAAUGAUGGUUAUCUGUAUUUUGAUCGAGUGGUGGAGGAAGAUGAGGGGAUCUACACCUGCAGAGGAAACAACAGUGAAGGCAUGGCAGAAACCUCUACACAACUCAUUACUGCAAAACUGGUGUUGCAUUUCCAGCAGGUACCAAGGAAUAAGACUGGACUUGCUGGAAAUCCAAUAGUUUCUGUAAACAAUUUUAAACUGGUGUUGCAUUUCCAGCAGGUACCAAGGAAUAAGACUGGACUUGCUGGAAAUCCAAUAACCUUCACUUGCCGUCCACCUUACAGUUUCCCAAAUCCUGCGAAAAUUGUGUGGUACAAGGAGAAUCAGGUGGUCAUGAACAGAACAGGUCUGUUUGCCAUUACUGCUUAUGCGACGGGAGAUCUGCAUAUCAGCAAUGUGCAGAAGCAACACGAAGGCCGUUACUUCUGUGUGGCCAUUAAUGAAUUUGCUGUGCCUCAGAGCAGGAGUACACCUCCAGUUUAUCUCACAGUUAAAGCUGGUCCACUCCUUAUCGAUCCACCACUGGAUGUGACCAUAGUGAAGGGAGAAACACUGCAUCUGCCGUGCAGGGUAACAGGUGACCCGGAGUUGCAGGUGCACUGGUUCCAUGAUGGCAAGGUUGUCAUGGACAGCAGGAAGGUAUCGUUCGGUAGCGGCAACCAGCAGCUGUACAUCAGUGACGUGAGUUUCCUGGAUGAGGGUCACUACUACUGCAUAGCCAACAAUUCCCUGGGAUCCAUCACAAGCCCCACUUCAUUCGUGGACGUGCUGAUUCCGCCAUAUUUUGUGCGAUACCUCAAAGACCAGUAUGUAGAGGCUGGGUCAUCAGCCAAGUUGUCGUGUCUUGCGUAUGGUGACCCACCACCAGAUGUGACAUGGUACAAUGAGACUGGUGACAUCAACAGUACUUCCAGAAUACAGAUACUAGAUGAUGGGCUGCACCUUACUGAAGUCUACUCGUAUGAUGAAGGCGAAUAUACAUGCCAUGCAGAGAACAUUGCUGGCUUAAAGCAGAUGACUGCUAUGCUGUACAUACAGGAGGUGCCUGAAGUCAGGAUUGAGCCAUCCUUUAUUGUGGCUAACAUCAGCAGCUCACUGAUGAUCUAUUGUAAUGCUACAGGGGUUCCAGCGCCAACGCGUAACUGGAUAUACAAGGGUCUUGAUGGCAAAAAGAACGAGGAACUACCCAGUGGAGUACUGCUAACUAUAAACAAUACAUUUCUGUCCAUAUCUAAGCUUGAGCUCAGCCAUGCAGGCACCUACAGUUGUAUUGCUACAAAUAUUGUCGGACGAGGGGAGUUUCCAGUUCUGCUCACAGUCGAGAGCCCCCCUGUUAUCACUGCGCUAUCCGACAGCUUACUGAUGAGAGUGGGAGCCAGCAGUAAACUCACCUGCCAGGCUUCUGGAACACCAGCACCUGACAUCGCCUGGUUUCACGGUACAAGCAGGGUAUCUGCGGACAAUGAGGGGCGGAUGACGCUGACGAGCACCAUCAGCCAGGGUGUGCUAAGUAACACAGCCACUGUGCUGAGCAUCAAGCUAGCACGCUGGGGUAACCGUGGCAACUACACGUGCCGUGCGAGAAACCCAGCCGGCGAGGCCACGCGUUCUGUCACGCUCGAUGUAAACGAGGUUCCUGUUGCUCCCGUGCUUCAGUCAGCCUUCCCUGUCUCAUCCACACAAGUAAAACUGACGUGGUUUAGGAAAGCACAGGACAAUUACGCAGUCUAUUACACUCUACAAUACAAGGACAGGAGCAGCGUCGCCUAUAGUAACUUCAUUAAUGUGAGUCCCGGCACAACAGAGGAUGUGGUAGAAGGACUGGUGCCAGCCACGAUGUACAUGUUUAGGAUUGGGGGAGGUGAUGAACUCGGCCCAGGACCACCUAGCAAUAUACUAACAGCAAAGACCUUCCAAGCCGGGGCAAAAGCUCCCAGAAGUUUUCAAGUCCUGGGUGUCAGUGCUCAAUCUGUCACUCUUAGUUGGGAGUUGCCUGAGCAAACCAGCCGACCCAUCAAUUUCUAUAGGCUGCUAUACAAGAAAGCUAAUGAUAAGGUGUUCUCGGGACAGGAGAUAGAGUCCGAUGGCAGACCGAGACAAGUGUUCAACUUGACGGGUCUCGCACCUUUCACGACCUACAUCAUCAAAGUUCAGGCAGCUCUCAUUGAGAACCACUAUAAGCUGUGGGGUAACACUAGUGACAUGGUUGAUGUACACACCAUGCCUGCAGCUCCUUCCUCACCUCCUUCAAACAUUACAGUAGAGGUGCUGUCAUCUAAUGUGCUGAAUGUUAAAUGGAGUGAGAUUCCUCAUGGUGAUCACAAUGGUCCAAUCAAAGGAUAUGUUGUCGCUUACAAGAGCAUGGCUAAUCUGUAUGAGCUGCAGCAAGAAUUGUCAACCGAUGAAAUGGAGCUUAACAUCACAGAACUUCGUCCGUGGGGACACUACUCCGUUGUAGUGCAGGGGUUCAACGAUGCCGGGAGAGGUGUUACGAGUCCUCCUGUCAUCGUCAAGACCUACCCUGAACCACCGUCCGGUCCGCCGCAGCGUGUGUCAGCCGAGGUGUUUAACUCCAGUGCUAUUAAUGUUGCUUGGUUGCCAGUGGCUCCCCCUCUGAGGAACAGUGAGAUUCAUGGCUACGUUGUGGAGUAUAUAAGCAGGAGUACUGGGGAUACAGGCAGACUCUACAUAUCUAGUGAUGCUCCACCAAACUCGGGCACUGACCAGCAGUUUUCUGCCGUCAUCGGGUCACUUCAUCCAUGGGCGCCAUACAGGAUACAGGUGGCAGCUUACACUAAUCAGGUGCCAAAUGGUUUCGGACCAUUCAGUGUUCCUCUGGCGAUCUGGACCCAUGAAUCCUUGCCAGGUCACAUCUCCAACCUUGUCGUAAUAUCGCCAGCACCUGAAACACUGCACCUCUCAUGGGACCCACCGCUGCGAAAAAACGGACGACUGGUGGGAUACGUGUUGUACGUCAUCGGACGCAAUGGAUCGGUCGUUGACAAUCAGAUGACAAUCGUUGAGAAUCUACAGGUGGGUGACGUUGCAAGCACGAAGGGAAGUGGACGAGUGACAAACUAUUCGACUGCAGAAGGGAGUCGGACAAUGAUGAACUCUGGCAUCUCGUCCAACCGUCAGACAAGACACGAUCCGGCGGUGCAGCUGGGACUGGGAGCAAACAGGAAGUCACGCAGCGCCCGCACACUGUUGCCUAGCAACUACGUGACAGGGACGUUACCUGCAGAGAUCGACUACAAAACGUUGAAAAAUAAGACGGAGCCAGUAUUCACGAAUGACACUUCUCUGACCAUCGUCCACAUGAAUGCUGACCUGUCCUACUCCAUCUCUGUAAUGGCUGUCAACUCCAUAGGUGUUGGGAGUCCUGUCAAUGCGACAGGCAUCACAGUACAGCGGCAACUGACCACCGUCACAGAAGCGAAUGUUUUCACUGUAACAAGCAUGGAAAGGAAUGAAACGAAUACGAUGAAGAACCAUACUCAGCCGACGGUUGUCAGCACGGAGGUGGAGGCGAAUCAAACACUUCCAUCCGGGCCAGUCACUGAGCAGUGGCUAUCAAUCAUCAUAGGUGCUUCAGUGAGUGGUACCAUGGUGAUAGUGUUUGUCCUGGGACUCUGUCUCCGUAGUUACUGUUACCAUGACAGCCGCAAGCAGACACACUUGAAAGCUAAAAGACACCCUAAAGACACAGUUUGGCCUAAUAUAGUGAGAAUAAGCAACAAUAAACAUAUCCAGGAUAGAAUGUCGCAUGCUCCUGUGUAUGGUGCUGGCCCACGCCAGGACGAUGCCCACCUACGCAAGUUCUUGGAAAUGCAAGGAAAGGCAGUUGACGUGCCUAUGCGCAAUGUUGCCACGCAGACAGCACCAAAGCCCAAAUAUCAACAGAGUAUCAUGCCACCUAGCGACCCGGUAUAUGAUUACACUGAUGCAUCUCCAGUGGAGCUACGUCGGGCCGUAGGCAGAGCCAAAUUAAAGCACGUGCAACCACCUGAUCACAUACGCACAGCCAUGACACCAGAGAAACGGAUCUCCCCAGCAGAUGUAGCAGACAUCCCUUCUUCAUACAUUGACUCUAGUAGCAGCGAGUCAAGUCCCAGUCCAGUUUCAUGGUUCAACGUGGAUGCUUCUAAUACGAUGUCUGCUGCCAACGUCAUGCACAGAAAUCGCAUGCAGAAGGAGAGCGCGGACGCAAUAGCAAAACGGCGGAUCCGAGCUACGACGCCUGUUGAUUUUGCUUUGCCGGUGCGAGACAAGCAGGAUCUCUUGCAGAAUGACGCCGUUGUAGUGCUAGAUGAGCGAACAGCCUUGUGAUGGAUGUUCCGCCAGCUGCCAAUCACCAGUACCCUAUCGGUCUAUAGAUCUAUUAUUGAUUCAUUCUGAUUGAUAUUACCAGGGGUAGACGAUGACAAACAAUUUGACGAUGAUGACAACGAUUUGUCAUCAUCUACCCCUGAUAAUUCUUAGUGAAUCUAUCUUUGAUUCUUAUUGUUAUUAUCUAUCUAAGAAUCUUAGUGAUCUGAACCUAAUCAAUCUAUCUAUCUAUUUUUAAUAAUUACUAACGAUUUUAUGGGACAGGUUUUCUUGUCUGAGUAGAUGUCACCUGGGACAUUGAACAUUUAGUGGUCAUGCAUGAUCAUGUGACAUUAAGUAAUUUAUUCAAUUGGAAUAGGAUGACAUUUAAUUUAUGUAUAGUCAUCUUAUUCUCGUGUUUCGUAUUUCUCGUGUUUUUACCAACCGUUUUCAUAUUUCUUCAACCGUUCUGAUACUUACCGCUACUCCUUGCAUAACACCAAAUGUAUAUAGUAAGGCUUAUACAUGUCAUAGAGCACUCGCACAACAUUCUUUCCACCAAUAUGUGCACCGAUGUGUAUUUUAAAUUAGAUUGUUUACAUAUAUAGUAUCAGGAGCAGUACUAGAGUACAGGAGCAGUAUACUGUACAUAUAUAUAGUACAGGAGCAGUAGGGAUCGUUAAUUACUCUAGGUUCUAGGGUUAUUUUCAGUUAAU